ACUCAGUUUUUAAUAGCGCGCGAAAGUGAACGGAACAGAGCAGCGCGUUUUAUCAUUUUAAUAAAGCUGAACAAAUAUGCACUCGAACGAACCUUACCCGUGACGUCGUGGGCUUCAAUCCUCCUCGAGUUCCCUUAAAAUAGCCGCGUCUUCGUGAAACCCCCAACAGUAUUGACCAAGUCGGCCAAGUGCUAACUACCCAGCCGGCUAUUAGAGUUAUUGUAACCGUUGGCAACUGCCACAGCAAAGUUAUUUACCCUUUACCGGAUAUAAUUUGCAAUUACAUACCCGCCUAAAAAUAAAUCCGAAACAAAAGUGUAAUAUUUAAAAACAGCCUUCAAGAUGCCCGAUGUAAAGUUUUUUUCCAUUCUGCCCACCAAUGCCAAUGCAUCGGAUCGAGUCACUAGGAUGUCCAUUAGCGCCAACCUUCUCCAGGAUGCCCAGCAAUACUCGGUGAACUUUGUCAACAGUACGGACUGCACGGACAACAUCACAUAUCACUUCAAGGUGAUCAUCCCCACGCAGACGAUCAUCGAGAACUACAAGCGGAACGGCGAGUGGAGCAGUCUACAAAAGGAUACUGAACUGAACAUCUUCGACGGUACAGGCGCUAGCGAUAAGAACUCCCAUUUGACACAGAGCUUUGCCCGCAUGAUAAGCGAGAUUGACGAGGCCUUGACUUUGACUUCAUCCACAGAAUCCUCGUUUUGCCUUGAGUUCGUCUUCGACUACGCAAACUCCAUGAUGCAUGUGUACCAGGGCAGGGAUUCGGGCCACAAUUUCAUAACCAAGUAUGAGACCCUCUUCUCCCUCUCCGACAUCCAGGCAGUGCAGGUGUGGGGCGAUGUGCAGAAGGUCAACCAAUUUGCCCUGAGCUACAACUGAUAGGGAGGGAACCCCCCAAUCCCCCAGAAAUCUGGCCGACAUUGGAAUAACCGUCUGAUAUUCAUACUUUCAGCGGGGAGAGCCUUACCAAAUAUAAUCACGUAAACAUUGGGGCCUGCCCGCCUGCCAUCUGCUUUAUAGCGCCACAAAAUCGAAGGCUCCAAUGCAAUACCAAACGAAAUACACAUAACACUUUUUGCCAUAAA